AUGGCGUUAAGACGGGGAAACGCCGGAGGCGCUCCGUGGGAAUCGCAAAGGGUAAAUAAUCCGAACCGUGACAGGCCGACGCGGCCCCGGUACCCUUCCCCAUUGGUCAUAUUCCACGACAGGCCUCACCGCGACUACGAGAAAUUUCGUGCUGAGAAAUAUGAUAAGUACUUUUACUUUGCACCGCUCAAACUCUGCACACACUUUAGUGUUCUUGAACAUGAAGGCACCUUCACUACGUCUGGUUUUAAAGACCUCCUUUUAUGGCAAAACAGACUUCUCUGCGAUAGAACCAUUAUCACGCUCUUUGUUUCAAAGCUACUAUCAGCGCUGUGGCUGCUAUCGCACGAAGAUUCACACAAGGCUAGUGUGAUACGAUCCGACGUCUCUCAUCCUGUGGCUGUGCAGAGCCCUAGCACACGAGCCGACCCUAGCUCUGUAGGCCUGCCCGCCUCCAAUCACCAACUCAGCGCUCUAGAACUUCUUACAGAAAUCGUCACCGCACAAGGUCAUGGUCAGGGAGGGUCGGCCGUCCUCUCAGUUAGCGUGAUCAAGGUGCUUGCUGUAUGCUCGCUACACCUCCAAACUCCUUUAUCACAAAUUAAGAAUAUGCCAGCUUAUAACGCUCUUGCAGUGACCCGCUCUCAGUUGCGGCCUUUCUAUCUUUUUGUGCCUAUCCAGCCUCCGCGCGAAACUUGCGAGUGA